AUGAAAUUCAUCUCCGUUCUCCUCACGCUGGGCGGCAUCGCCUCUGCCGCCGCGGAGCCCACCAAAUACCAACUCGUCAACUUCUACGCGGGCUCCGGCCCCAAAUCAUCCUUCACGACCUACAGCUUCGACAUCGGCUUCAUCGCCGACGACGGCACCGUGACCAAACCGGCCAGGUGCUCGCACCUCAGCAGCAGCAACUGGCACGACGGUUACAUCGUCAGCACGCCCCCGACCCCGUGCACCGUCGACGAUGCGUACUACGGCUUCUUGUUCCGGAGGGUCCAGACGCCCGAGCCCGGAUACCUGCUCAACCUCACGGACGCCGACGGCGGUGUCGGCAGCACGUUCUAUCCGCAGUCGCUGGUCUACCGCGUCCAGAAUAACGCCAACCCGAACGACCCGGACCCGUUCCCCAACUACGCUCUCAGCGACCCCGAGGCUCGCGAGGUGGAGCGAGAUUAA